GUCUUAAUCUAUUCAUUCUCCCACAAUCAAAAGGCGCGGACUUGGAAGAGUCGACCGUUGCUCAUAUCUAGGGUUUGCUUUUCCCGCUCGCUCCACAAUCCUCCUGGUUUCUGUCUCACAUAGAUUCCUAUUGCAGGCAGCAAGCUGGCGGUCGAUGUGAUUUCAGAAUCCACAUGGGGCGUCAGUUUUUUUUGUCGCUCUCGCAAGUGCGAAAUUCUCUGUCAAUUUGUGAAUCGGAAUAUGGAACUUUUAUCUUUACGAAGUUCUAAAGCAUCCAGUUCUUUCCCAUCUUUUUCUGAAUCUUCGUUAUUCGUUUUUUUGGAUUAUUCGAGUUCCCUUUGUUGGAAACCCUAACUUUUGUCCCUUUUUUAAUUACCCAUUGAUCAAUCAGGGAUUAUUGAUGAGCUUUGUGAUUAGAAUUUCGUAAUUAUAUAAAGGACAAUUAUUCGAUUAAGUGAAUCGUGAAAAGGAAAAUAAUCUUUUUCCCUGUGGUUAUUCUAUACUAAAUUGAAGGCAGUCUUAUGGCAUACACUUUUAUAAAAUUGGAUCUUUUGCUACAAUUAGACUUGGUUUGUAACACUAUCGUUUGCAAAUUAAAAGAAACCUUGAUGUGUGAUUCUACCUUUAAAGAGUCUACCAACAUUCAACGACCUUACCUCGACUGGACCCUCGAUGCCUAUAAACAGGAAGCUUUUCUCUUUUCUGUGCGGUCUUCAAAACUCAGUUCAUUUUCUCACAUGAAAAACGGCUAUGGCAUCUUCAAAGCCUACAAGCUCUUCCCAAGUUCCUCGAGUUCAUCAUUUUGAGCUCGUAGAAGGAACGCAACUUCAGAUUGAUGUGAUCGGAUCUUCAAGUGGACGCAAUGUUAGAAUUGAACUUCAACUUAGGAACUGUACAACAACUUGGAUACUCCACUGGGGUUGUAUUUACCGUGGAAAUACGAACUGGUUCAUUCCUGCUGAUCAUCCUUCUGGGAAAAAGGCUUACAAGCAAGGUGCAUUGCAGACACCAUUUACAAAGAGUGGAGAAAUAUAUUUAUUUGUCAUUGAAUUGCGGGACCCCAAUAUACAUGCCAUUGAAUUUGUUUUGAAAGAUGGCAAUCGUGAUAGAUGGUUGAAAUUAAACCAUGGGAAUUUUCGAGUAGAGAUACCUGAGAGUGAUGCUACUCUUUCACACCCCACUAUACCGAAGGAUCUGAUAGAACGCAAGGCAUAUUUACUCUGGGAAAGCAAGGGUAGGCCAGUAAGCUCACCGCAACAACAAAAGCGAGAUUAUGACGAUGCUUUAGGAGAGCUCCAAAUACAGCUGUCGAAGGGUUUGUCUCUGAAUGAGUUGCGGAGUAGUUAUCUAACUGCAAAUACUAGAUCAAUGGCUACUGAUAGAGAAGAAAUCAGGAGUCAUAUGCCGCACUCUUACCAAAGGAGACAUAAUGUCGACCAAUGGUUGCAAAAGCACUCGGAGGGACAUGCCAAAAGCACUAGGUUGCUGUCAUCAUCUUUGUUGAAUCUUGUAGAGAAAUCUAUGGGAGGUGACAAGGUGCUCUCACAGCAAUGUUAUCACGUUGGCAACUAUGAAAUUGUGGUCCUUGUAAAAGUUGUUAGUGGUGAUUGUCACAUUUUGGUUGCUACGAACAUGAAAGGUUAUGCAGUGCUUCAUUGGGGCAUAUCAAAGUCGUCCCCUGGGGAAUGGUUGGCCCCUCCAGCAGAGAUGUUGCCUGAAAAGUCAAAGCUGGUUGUUGGAGCAUGCCAAACUUAUUUUACACAGAUAUCAACUGGACAAGCAUUCUUUCAGGUUGUAGACGUUAACUUUCAGCAAAGGAAUUUCGUGGGCAUCCAAUUUAUAAUAUGGAAUGGAGGGUCUUGGAUAAAAAAUAAUGGGGAAAAUUUCUAUGUGGACCUGAAACUAAUGAAACCUAUUGGGAAGGUCUAUGGGGAUCGGGAUGGGGAAGGAAUUGUCAAAUGGUUACUUGAUGAAAUAUCUAGAAGAGAAAAAGAGGCUGAGAGGUCAUUGAUGCACAGGUUCAACAUUGCGACAGAAUUGACCGAGCGUUGUAAAACUGAGGAACUGGGGCUUAUUGGUAUUUUAGUCUGGUUCAGAUUCAUGGCUUGCAGGCAUCUAACGUGGAACAAGAAUUACAAUGUGAAGCCUCGUGAGAUCAGUGAAGCUCAAGAUAAGUUUACCGAUUUACUACUAAGAAUAUAUUUGAACCAGCCAAAUGAUCGGGAAAUUGUGAGACUUAUAAUGGCAUGUGUUGGUCGUGGAGGUCAAGGCGAUGUUGGGCAGAGGAUCCGUGAUGAUAUACUUGUGCUUCAGAGAAAUAAUGACUGCAAGACUGGAAUGAUGGAGGAAUGGCACCAAAAGUUGCACAAUAACAGUAGCCCAGAUGAUGUAAUAAUUUGUGAGGCACUCUUAAACUACAUAAAAUGUGGUUUUAGAAUUGAUAUGUAUUGGCAAACAUUGAAUGUAAAUGGUCUCACCAAAGAGAAGCUUGCAAGUUAUGACCGUCCAAUUGUGUCGGAGCCUCGCUUCAGGACUGAAGCCAAGGAGGGUCUCAUCCGUGACCUUACAGCAUACUUGAGAACAUUAAAGGCAGUUCACUCAGGUGUUGACCUUGAAUCUGCUAUAGAAACUUGUAUGGGUACCUCUGUCAAGGGUCAUGAUUUUACCAGAGUUGGUUCUAUUGGUGGUUUGUCACAAAGGUUGCAGGAAUGCCUGGGCUUUGUCAAAGCACAUGUUCGUGAUGAAAAUAUUGGUCAACUAAUGCAGAAGUUAUUGGAAUCUCGCAUUGAGCUUCGCCCUGUUCUGCUCAGCACUCAUGGAAGAUCAAAAGAUUUACUUUUCCUUGAUCUUGCUUUGAGUUCAUCUGUUAGAACCACCAUGGAAAGGGGACUGAAGAAUCUAACCUUUGCAAAUCCACCAGAGAUGAUGUUCUUCAUUUCCUUGGUACUUGAAGAUUUAUGUCUGUCAACGGUCAACAAUCAAGAUUUUAUAUACUGCACUAAGGACUGGUACCGUGUUUCUGAAUUAUACACUAAUAAUAGUGAGUGGGCGUUACAAGCAAAGGCUGUCCUUGAUAGAGUACAGCUAGUACUUUCUGAAAGGUCUCAACAUUACCAGAAAAAGAUCCAGCCUAAUGCAGAUUAUCUCGGUAAUUUGCUCGGUGUUGAAAAAUGGGCGAUUGAUACAUUUACGGAGGAGUUAAUAAGGGCAGGAUCAGCUUCUAUUCUGUCUUCUCUCAUUAACCGUUUCGGUCCUAUUCUUAGAAAAGUUGCAAAUUUGGACUGUUGGCAGGUUAUAAGCCCUGUGGAAGUAUGUGGUUUUAUAGUUUCGGUUGAUGAGUUGGUUGCUACUCAGAGAAGGAUUUAUAGAAAACCAACCAUUAUACUUGCAAACAGAGUAACUGGAGAUGAGGAGAUUGCAGAUGGGAUUGUAGCUGUGCUAACACUUGACAUGCCAGAUGUUUUGUCCCAUGUCGCUAUCAGAGCAAGAAAUGCAAAGGUAUGUUUUGCUUCAUGCUUCGAUCAGAAUAUUUAUAGGGAUCUCAAGUUGAAGGAAGGCAAAGCAAUAUCAAUACGUCUGAAGUCGACGAAUUUAGUUACCAGUGACAUCAGUAGCUUCAAUGUAUCUCAAAAUUCCUUUGUUUCUUCCUCGAUCCCUCGAGGAGUUGCCCUUAAAAAAAAGACCUUCUAUGGUAAAUAUGCUGUUUCAGUCGAGGAGUUCAGUAGUGAGAUGGUUGGUUCAAAAUCUUGCAAUAUUAAGUUUUUAGGAGAAAGGGUGCCAUCAUGGGUUAAGAUUCCAAUGUCAGUUGCCCUACCAUUUGGUGCCUUCGAGACCGUUCUGUCUGAAUAUGUCAAUAAGGACAUAGCAAACAAGAUUUCUCAUUUCAUGAAGUCUGUAAGAGGUGGUGACCUUUCAAAACUUCAAGGAAUACAGGAAUCUGUUCUACAAAUGAAUGCUCCUAUGGCUUUGAUCCAUGAACUUAAGAGUAAGAUGAGAAGUUCAAGAAUGCCCUGGCCCGGUGAUGAAGGUGAAGAGAGGUGGAAUCAUGCCUGGCAAGCAAUUAAGAAGGUUUGGGCUUCCAGAUGGAACGAAAGAGCUUUUAUUAGUUGCAAGAAAGCAAACUUGAACCAUGACAAUCUUUGCAUGGCUGUAUUGGUUCAAGAAGUUAUAUGUGGCCAAUAUGCUUUUGUGACACACACGAAGAAUCCGUUAUCAGGGGACACCUCAGAGAUAUAUACUGAGGUUGUGAAGGGCUUGGGAGAGACUUUGGUGGGUGCGUAUCCUGGUCGUGCCAUGAGCUUCAUUACCAAAAAGACCAGUCUAAUGUCUCACGUCGUAAUCGGAUACCCAAGCAAGUUAAUAGGGUUAUAUUGUAAGCAGUCUAUAAUAUUCAGAUCAGACUCAAAUGGUGAGGACCUGGAAGGAUAUGCAGGUGCUGGGCUUUAUGACAGUGUAGUCAUGGAUAAAGUGGAGAAAGUCGUGUUAGACUACUCCAACGAUCGGUUGAUAGUGGAUAAAACUUUUCAAAACUCGCUAUUCUCGAAAAUUGCGGAGGCUGGAAAAAUCAUAGAAGGUCUGUAUGGUUGCCCCCAGGACAUUGAAGGGGUGGUAAAAGAUGGGGCAAUAUAUGUAGUUCAGUCAAGGCCACAGAUCUAGGAUUUAGUAAAAUGAACUCAAUGUUCAAUGUUUUUUUUUUCUCUCUAUACUAUUUCUUUCAUAUGGACUUCAUUGUUCUUAAGUUGUUGCUUCUUUGGAUGGGCACAAGUUAUCUUUAUCAUUAACUGCAACAUGGCAUAGAAUAAACUCUUAAUAGCUCUUGUAGUUGAUGAAGUAUAUGAACACGUGUGGAUCCAAUUAGAAUUCUUUUUGUCAA